AUGUCCAUCGACAGCAACUCAGCCGCGGCCAGGAGUCCGGUCAGCAGGCGCUUUCCACGGACCAGCAGCAGAUCGGCGGUCAUGCUCCGGCAGCAACAUGUUGUGAUUUUGACCUCCUUUGCUAUUUUUGUAGAUGGCGGUUUGCCAACCAGCUUGGUGGCGGAUCCUGCAUCUUUGUCUCGUGUUUCUCCAUCAUUGGCCGUGUCAGCUAGCGGCUUGCCAACCAAUUUGGUGGCGGAAAUUGUAGCUAAUACGCCUGCUUUUAGCUCUGAGACACCAACUUCUGGCUUGGCGAUUUCAAAGGCAACAACUUCUGGUUUUCCGCCAACCAAUACCUCAGACCUUGCUUCGGCUUCUAAAGAGUCGUUGGUCCUUUAUCUAGCUGAUGGUACUUUAUUUACACCACCCUUCCAACCCAAUGUAGUGACCAAAACUUUACAACCAACUGUAGCCCUAUCAACGGUUGGUAGCUACCACUUUUCUGACUUCGCGGCUCAAAAGCCGGCCUCCAACCCCUUUGCUAUACCAUCCACCUCUCCUCCUCCAGGCAAAGGUUUCGUGAUACCUCCUACGGCACCCGUCAGUAGGACUGUGGGUGUCCCAAUUUCUCCUCUCCUAGUGGGGAUUCCUGGCCGAAAGGAUGCUAUUGAAAAGGAGUUCUAUAGACAAAUUCUGGAUCCAUCAGCCAUUGCUCCUUUUCCACCUUAUGUCACCUUCCAGGACACCUCUUUAACUCCCUUUUUGAAAAAGGGUCUCAUCAUCCAAGGCAUUGGCAAUAAAACUAUUCCAGAAGCUCCUCCCUACCCUAUGCAUGCGAGCGACGUAUUAGUAUGGGAUUGUGAAGUGACAGGGGCUUCUGAUAUUACUUCCGCCAUUAAGUCAUGGCCUCGUCAGCCUCCUAGAUGGACGGAUUGGGUGGCUCGUCUACGUCCUUACUUCCAGAGGGAUUGGCGGAGAUUGGGGUUACUCCAGCUGAUAGAGAUAAGCGACAGACAUAUUGAGCUGAAUGCGGGUAUGUGCAGAUCUUUUCUUCGCUAUUGGAGUAGUUCAGCCAAUUCUUUUAUUUUUCCUUUCGGCCCGAUGUCAGUUACUUUAAAAGAUGUCUUCAUGCUCACCGGCCUUCCGGUUAUUGGAUUUGACGCCCCUUGUCUAUUUGAGGUAGAGACGAAAGACCUCUAUUCCUACCCAAUUUGUCCGAGUUACCCGGCGUGUGUUUCCAAGUGGAGUGUCUUAACAACACCUCCUUCUUUAGAAGAACAUACCGAGUUUCUAUGGGUCCUAAUAUGCAAGUUCAUCAUGUGCCCCUCCUCUGGCACUCCUACCAAGGAAUAUUGGAAACUUGCAAGUAAUUUAGCCAACGGGACCUUUGUGGCUUUGGGGCCUGUGUUGUUAGGCGCCCUCUACUAUGCUUUUGAGCAGUCUGUUACUACUCACCUCUUGGCCAAGUUAGAUGGUCAUGUGUGGUUGUUACAGUUGUGGAUUUUUACCUACUUCCUAGAGCUAAUGGGUGUAGGGGUAGGUACCUUGUGCACUCCUAUUGUGGAUCUUUUGGCAGUCAAGUGUUGUUUUGAGGAGACCGCCGUCUUUGAUUUUCUUUUUGAACGCACAGCUAGGGAAACCUCGGCUUUGUCCGUUUUUGAUCAUCACUCAUAUAUUCCUCAGUGGAUGGACAUUUUCUCAGGGAAGCCAGGUACACUCCUCCUUAUCAAAAGAAAGCUCUUUUGUGCCUUUACUACCUCUAGGAUGUUAUUUUUGGGAGGGUCUCAAGCCUUCUCUACUCGUGCUUCUAGCCAACAUUGUGUGUCAAAGUUGUACAUGAGUAGCCUUUGGGAGCAGCUUGUCAAGGUAUAUGGUUAUUAUCGUUGUCCUGUGGUAGAGAAUUUGAUUCCAUAUGACUUUGCCUCUUGGUGGGACGAGCGGUUUCAACUCAUCCUGUCCAAAAACGCAGGGAAAGAAGCAAGGCUGCUAGUUCAACCUCCUCAAAGGCCUACUCCAGUGAGCAAGCCUAAGAAACAGGCUAAGAAAAAGAAUCGCAACACCUCUUCAGAGACAGAAUUGCCUAAGACUAGGCAGUUAGGGAGACUCCUCAAAGUAGCCAAAAAACGACAUGCUGGACCUCCUGAGACUGUGGUCUUGGAAGAUGAUUCAGAGGAUGAUCAACUUCCGGACCUACUUCACGAAGCCGCUCAUACAGAAGAAACAACGCUAGAUGUUGAUUCCGAGGCGGCCAUGGAUAGAGAGGAUGAUGGAGUCCUUGACACACAAGGUAUGGAGAAUUCAGGGGAGCAAUGCUCCAAGUCAGCCUCCGAGUCAACUUCUAAAGGCUCCAAGUCAGCCUCUGAGCCAACUUCUAAAGGCUCCAAGUCAGAGUCUGCUUCUAAAGGUUCUAGGUCAGCCUCUGAGCCAACUUCUAAAGGCUCUAAGUCAGCUUCUGAGUCUGUCUCCAAAGGCUCCAAGUCAGCCUCUGAAAAAGAUUCGGCUACCUCCACUGAAUCCGAGGAACCUUUAUCGCAAAUUAAGAAACUUUCUUCGAUAAUAGCAGAAGACCAAGACCUGGUAUAUUUAAGCUUCUUGGACGAGAUGAGCACCCCGGAAGCUAGUGUUUCUUUUGUCCCUUUGCCGGCUGACGUCGAGAGAGCUGUUUCUUUAGUCAAGCAUGUCCUCGGCCAGCACAUUUCUAUUGUUACAGAUUCCCAGAAAGAAGAUCUCAUUUCCUCUCUCCAUAUUCUACGCCUUGUUCCUGACUCCGUUGUCACUGAUGAAGUAGAGAAAGAUAUUCUGGGUUCGCUCAACUUGUGGAGGUCUUGUGUUGAGAUCGAGUCAAAUGACCUCCCCAAGUUGAAAUCUUCAAAAGCAGAUAACGCCAGGUAUUUAUCUUUGGGACCUAAAAGGCAAGAAGUGGCUCAAAAACUACGAGACCUAGAAGCUAGUGGUGAGGCCUUUGAAAAGGAGAUUGAACAACUGGAAACUGCUAUUCUAGCUUUAAAGAGUAAGCAACUUGAUCUUGUGGUGGAAGGCAAGCUUCUAGCCGAGGAAUAUCAAGGAAUCAACUCCCAACUCCAGCCUCUUCAUACUACCAUUCAAGAGAAGAAAAAUGACAUGGUCUCAUGGGUACAAAAUUGUGCUAAGGCUCGUCAAGACAAAGUUGUUUGCCAAUCGAAGUGGAGCAAGUUGCAAGGCCUUUUCUCAGAUUCUUCACCUACUCCAAUGACACUUUUGCUUACACGGCCUUUUGGUCAGUACUUGCUUGGUGACACGUACACCUGCACCUAUACACUUGUACAUGCAUUGCAUUACAGAGACGCCAUUCAGGUACUUUCUAAACUUCAAAUGUCUUGGUGUGAAGAUGGCUCUCCAGCCAUUUGUUUGCUUGUUGUGUUCCACACCAAGAUUCACUUACAGGUACAGCCAUGCAUUGCAUUUUCACUAUGUGUUUAUGUUCCUGGGCCGUUUUUGUUUGCUGUUGAAUGUUGUUGA